GGGCGGAGUUAAGGUGAUUCAUCACCUGCUCCAGGUGCAACAUGGCGGCGUGUGCAGUUCAGCUGAUUGAUAAACGGCCCAGGAAGAAGUUUGAGAGGAAAGAAGCUCCGGUUGGGCCGAUUCUGAAAGAACCACAGGCUAAACACCCCCUACAGAACCGGUGGGCUCUGUGGUUCUACAAGAAUGAUAAGAGUAAAAUGUGGCAGGAUAAUCUUCGACUCAUCACCAAGUUCGACACUGCUGAGGACUUCUGGGCGUUGUAUAACAACAUCCAGGCUGCCAGCAAGCUCUCGUCAGGAUGUGACUAUUCAGUGUUCAAGGAUGAGAUUGAGCCGAUGUGGGAGGACAGGAGUAAUAAGUGUGGGGGUCGAUGGCUCAUCACUCUCUCCAAACAGCAGAGACACACUGAACUCGACCGCUUCUGGCUGGAAACGUUGCUGUGUAUGAUCGGGGAGGGUUUCGGCUCCUACAGUAGAGACGUAUGUGGAUCGGUCAUCAACGUUCGAGCCAAAGGCGACAAAAUCGCCGUCUGGACUACGAAUACUGAGAACGCUGAGGCAGUCACUCACAUCGGACGGAAGUAUAAGGAAAUCCUGGGUCUUCCCUCCAAGCUGGUGAUUGGUUACCAGGCUCACGCCGAUACGGCCACCAAGAGCAACUCCAUCACCAAGAACAAGUUUGUGGUGUAAAUGGAAGGAGGGAAACUGUGGUUUGAGUUUGGAGAUGAUCAGUCUGAGGGAAGAAUUAAAUAUAAAGUAUUAAAUGAUUGAUUGUAAAAUAUGUGAUAAUUAGAGAUAUUAAUGCACUUGAUAUUGGAGACCUGAGCUGAAGGUCUGAGUUUUUCUGUUGGUCUUCUGUUGAACCGUAUGGUCCAUGUUGUGUGGAGAUGAGCGCUAGGCUAAAUGCUGCGCUUGCUGUUUUUUCGGUUUAUUGCAAAUAAACAUGGUGAAUCUUC